AUCAAUGUACUGGCUUUAUGUUUUGAGUAACCGUCGAAUUUGAAUUGAAGUCAAACUUCAUAAAAACCAGGGAACACUCAUGGAGAAAGAUUGAAUUUGAGAUGAAAUUUCUGUACUUCUUCUGUAUUACUCUACCGUCAAAUGGGAGAAGUUUUGGAUUGUAGCAUGGUGUAAUACCACUUGGAUUACCUCCAUCUACUUUUUUAACAGUGGAAGUAUGAAGUUCUUCCACCAUGGGUUGCAUCUCUUGUGAAUUCAAUACAUAAUAUAUGUAUCUUCGCAGUGAACGUGUGUUUUGUUUGAGAAUUUCUGGUUUUUUCAAAUAAAUAAAUAUUUUUCAGGUCUCCAAAGACUAUAAAUUCGAUAUGGACUCUUACAUAAUGCAGCUCCGGCAUGGAUGGUCGAAUCAGGAUGGAGAUGCCCUCGCUGACCUACUCUCACUUAAUCAUGCUCAUGCUUUGAAUCCUCAACUCAGAACCGAGACUGCAAUGACAAGAGCAAUGGAACAUUUGACACCUCCUUUUGACAAUCUCGUUCUACAUCACAUUAAGGUUUUAUCAUCAAUAAAUGAAGACGAUCCUUACACAACAUAUCUUCAUCAAAGUGGUGCUGUUCAAUCUCUAAUAAAGAUACUUCAAAUACAGAAGGACGAAAAUUGGAUGUUACCUGUAAUGAAUUCAAUGUGCCUGGAUUUGAGGCGGCUAGCUGUGAGGGCGGAAGCAGUAAAGUCUAGCAAAAAUCAAAAGCCUGGAGAAGUGCUUGAAAAAUGUGCGGAAUGUUUAAUGGGCUGCUUUCGAAUUUGCGCAGCUGACAAUAGGAGCUCCGAAGAUGAUACGAAGAGAUGGGGGAUGUUGGCGCUGGUCAAUCAACUGCUAAAAGUCUACUUUCGUAUAAAUAAACUUCAUUUGUGUCGGCCUUUGAUCAGAGCAAUAGAGUCAUCGGCAUUCAAAGAUCAGUUUGCGCUGGCGCAGCAAAUUACGUACAAAUUUUUUGUAGGUCGGAAAGCUAUGUUUGACAGCAAUUACAAGGCUGCUGACGAAUAUCUGACAUACGCAUUCGAACAUUGUCACAAACAGUCGUCGAAAAACAAACGCCUUAUAUUGACUUAUCUAGUUCCUGUAAAAAUGCUAUUAGGUUACAUGCCCAAAAAAUCCUUGUUGGAAAAGUACAAUUUGAUGGAGUUUUGGGAAAUAGUCGAGGCUGUAAAACGUGGGAACUUGCAUAGCUUGGAACAAGUCAUGAACAAGCACGAAAUCUUCUUUAUUAGUGCCGGAAUUUAUUUGAUAGUUGAAAAAUUGAAAUUAAUCACAUAUAGAAACUUGUUUAAGAAAGUUUAUCUUGUAAUGGGAACUUAUCGAAUUCCUGUUGAAAGCCUAUUAGCUGCUCUUCAAAUGUAUGGAGUUGAGGAUGUCGAUAUGGACGAAACUGAAUGUUUGGUCGCAAAUUUAAUUUUUGAGGGUAAAAUUAAAGGCUACAUUUCUCACCAGCAUAAAAAAUUAGUGAUUUCCAAACAGAACCCUUUCCCACAAUUAUCCUCAUUGAAUUAAGUUCCAAUAGAAUAUGUAAUGGUUAGUAUGAUGAUAAUGUUAAGUUGUUAAUUGUAUAUUUUAUACCUAAAACUUGCUAUUAAAUAUCAAUAUUGUUCAAACUA